AUGAAGGUUUCGGGCGCAAUUUCAGGAGCACUGCUUCUUGCAUGGGCCAAUGCUGAGGUAUUUACCGCACCGCUCCACCGCAACAAGGAGGGCGUCAACAUGCUCAAAGGUGAGAAGUAUAUGGAGCACUUGCAGUCUUUGGCUGAUAAGUACUCUGGGUCUGUGCGUCGCACAAUGAGCAAUGUAGGCCAGCAUGUGUUUGGAAUGGACUCGUCUUCUGACGUUGACAUUGACUCACCUGCCGACUUGCCCUUGACGAAUUACGCCAACGCUCAGUAUUUUGCUGAGAUCUCCCUGGGCACACCUCCCCAGAAGUUCAAGGUCGUUUUGGAUACUGGUAGCUCCAAUCUGUGGGUUCCCAGUACCGAGUGCUCGUCAAUUGCUUGCUUUUUGCACUCCAAGUACGAUUCUAGUGCUUCUUCUUCUUACAAAAAGAACGGCACGGCGUUCUCAAUUCAGUACGGCUCCGGUGCUGUUGAGGGUUUCAUUUCUCAAGACACCUUGCAGCUCGGCAGUCUGACCAUUCCCGAGCAGGAUUUCGGUGAAACCACUAGUGAACCCGGUCUAACUUUUGCCUUUGGCAAGUUCGACGGCAUCCUGGGUCUGGCUUACCCUUCGAUUGCUGUCAACAAGGUUGUUCCGCCCAUCUACAAGGCAAUUGACGACGGCUUGCUCGAUGAGCCCAAGUUUGCUUUCUACCUGGGUUCUGAUGGCGAAGCCAGCGGUGGCACUGCUACUUUCGGUGGUGUCGCCGAUGGCCUGUACGAGGGUGACAUCACUUAUCUGCCCGUCCGUAGAAAGGCCUACUGGGAAGUCAAGUUCGACGCUUUGGCUCUCGGCGACGAGAAGGCCGAUCUCGAGAAUUACGGUGCUGCUAUUGACACCGGUACUUCUCUCCUUGCUUUCCCUACCCAGCUCGCAGAUAUGCUCAAUGCUCAGAUCGGCGCCGAGAAGUCCUGGAGUGGCCAGUACACCAUUGAUUGCGCUGCUCGCGACACUCUGCCCAAUCUGACUUUCACUUUCGACGGGUACGACUUCGAGCUUACUCCCCAAGACUACAUCUUGGAUCUUGGUGGAUCUUGCAUCUCAACAUUUGCCGGCAUUGAUAUUCCCGAGCCAAUUGGCCCGCUUGCCAUCAUUGGCGACGCCUUCCUGCGUAAAUACUACUCGGUCUACGAUAUUGGUAAUGACGCAGUUGGUCUUGCGCGUGCUGUGCACCAAUAA